UUCGUAAGAUGUCAGUCAAAUGAUGUUGCUAACGAUUUCCAGUGGAACGGAGUACGACAGCCCUCUAUAGUUGUUGCAACACGACAAAACCAAACCUACUUGUUUGCUUAGAUAACUUGUUCGCUAAGUGAUCGUCGUGUUCGUGCAAUUGCGCGCAUCUGACUCCUUUGCUUUGGAGAUUUUUGUGGAAAAGAAUUGUGAUAUUUUCCGACUAAAAUCGAUGGCGCAUCUUCCCUCGGAGCUUAUAUCGCACGCGCAAAAAGUGUGCAGACUGUACAAGCGUGCUCUACGCACUACGAGGGAUUGGUAUCACAAACAACCCGAGUGGAGAUAUCAAGCCGUGCUGCUGAGAGAACGAUUCGAUAAAAACAAGGAUAUAAAGGACUUACGUUACGCGAAGUAUCUGUUGGAAGAAGGGGAGAAAGAAGUCUUCCUUAAACAACAUCCUAUACCGUCGCGAUAUGCAAAUUCGAUCACAGGAGGAGCGUACAAUCGAACAACCGAGUCCGAAGAUUGGGUCCUAGAUUUUUGGGAUCCCAUGGAAAAAGCUCAGUAUCCCAAGUACUUCGCGCGUCGUGAACAAAUGAAGGAUGAAUAUGAGAAGUGGUAUUACGAAACGUAUCCUGAGGAAAAGAAAAAGCUCAAGGAUCAUUAGAUAAAUUAGGAUAUAAUGCUUUGCAUCUUGUGAUGUAACUUGUAGAUAAAAAAUUUGUAUAAUAUAUAAAAAUGUGUGUUACUGCUGAAAUCGUCGUUAUUAAAUAGAAUACCGCUCUUAUUUUA